AUGGAAAACUAUAGAAGACGAAUAGGCUUGGCCCAAGCAGUAGUGAAUGUCUCAAACAAAAUUUGGGCUUUCAUUGAUGAAGCUUUUAAUGUGGAUAUUUUGUAUAACACGACACAACAGAUUACACUGAGAUUAUUCCAUACAGAAACACAUGUCGAGCUCACUCUCACAUUGGUAUAUGCAAAAUGUGAUGUUAUUGAAAGAAUAGAAUUGUGGGAUUCACUCUAUGCAAUGGCUUCUGACAUGACAGUACCAUGGCUUGUGGGAGGUGAUUUUAAUGUAAUUUGGGAUGAGGAGGAGAAAUUUGGUGGAUUACCUAUAUCAUUAAAUGAGGUUGAUGAUUUUAGGCACUGCAUCAAUACAUGCAAUUUGACUAAUUUGGGCUUCAAAGGGAGCAUUUACACAUGGUGGAAUGGUAGAUCAGAGGAAGACUGUAUUUUUAAGCGGCUGGAUAGAUGUCUUGGUAACAUAGAAUUUCAACUGACUUUCCUAGGGGUGGAGGUGUCACAUUUGUCUAAAAUUGGAUUUGACCAUUGUUCUAUGCUAUUAAAAUGUGAUACUGAGUCUCUCACUAUCAAGAAAUCAUUCAGAUUUCUUAACUUCUGGGUACAACAUGCAUCAUUUAAAGAUUUGGUAAAGGAAAAUUGGAAGGCUAACUUUGCUGCUAAUCCUUUUGUGACCUUUAAUCAUAAAUUAAAGAAGCUUAAGAAAGCCUUGUCUACUUGGAGUAAAGCUACCUAUGGAGACAUUUUUCAGAAAAUUGCUAGCCUAGAAGAAGUGGUCCUAGUUCAUGAAAGACAAUUUGAGCUUUCUCCUACUCAAAUGAACAGACAAAGGUUGUAUAAGGUUCAAACUGAAAUGAUAAAAUACUUGGCAUUGGAAGAACAGUUUUGGAGACAAAAGGUCGGAAUGGCUUGGUUUAAGGAUGGUGAUCGAAACACAAGAUUUUUUCAUGUGCAAGUUAAUGGAAGAAGGAAAAGAUUAAAACUCACCAGAAUUCAAGACAGCCUUGGAAAUUGGGUGGAAGAGGAAUAUCAGAUUGCAGCAGAAGCAGUAAAAUUAUACCAGGAGCAAUUCAGGGAAGAUACAAUUCCAACAACUUUUCACAUAAUUGAUCAUAUCUCAUCCAUGGUAACUAUGGAACAAAAUGAGAAGUUAAACAACAACCCCACUCUAGAGGAAAUCAAGCAUGCAGUUUUUGGGUUGAAUGGAGAUUCAGCAGGAGGGCCAGAUGGUUUUACUGGACUUUUCUACCAAUCUUGCUGGGAGAUUAUAGGUGAAGACAUUGUGCAGAUGGUAUUAUCCUUCUUCUGUGGACAACAACUUCCCAAAAAAGAAAGAAGCUUAAUAUCAGAGGAGCAAGCAGGGUUUGUGAAGGAUAGAAGCAUAGUGGAAAAUGUUUUGUUAACUCAGGAGAUAGUCACAGAUAUGAAGCUCAAAACUAAAGUUGGUCCUAAUGUUGUGAUCAAACUCCAUAUGACGAAAGCAUAUAAUAGGUUGUCAUGGUUAUUUCUUACUAAAGUGCUGAGGAAAAUGGGAUUCUCUGAAAGGUUUAUUGGAUUGGUAUUUGAUUUGGUUGGAAAUAAUUGGUAUUCAGUUCUAAUAAAUGGAAAGCCACAUGGUUUUUUCAAAUCAUCGAGGGGAGUAAAGCAAGGGGAUCCAUUGUCUCCGACACUUUUUAUUCUGGCUGCUGAAGCUUUGUCAAGGGGAUUGAAUUUGCUGCAUACAAACCUGUACUUUUGUGGCUUUGGAAUGCCUAAAUGGACCCCAAAGUCAAUCAUCUUGCAUACGUAG